AUCUAUUAGUUGUGGGGAUUACCCCACUCGUGCAAGCUUGGCAUGGCUUGUGGCCUGGAUCCCUGUCGCCAUUUACGACAAUAUGCACUACACCUGAAAGGGGGGAUAUUGCCGACUUAGGUCGGUCUGGAUAGAGCGACCGGACGGUCUCUAUGGUCUUCUCAUGCAUGCGUAACUGUAUGAGCACUUAGUUGAUCAGCUGCCAAAUAGUGCCCGCGGCAACAGUCCCAGCCGUCGACAUGGGUUGCAUCGCAUGGAACUGGGAAAAAUUCCCAAACUAUCCCCCUUCCUCCAGUGGGUUCCAAACUCUUGCUCAUUUCCCUUCUCUCUCUCGUUGUCCAAGCCCAGGAAACUGUUCUCGGCGCGUAUAUCGUCCAUCGCCAUGGCGACCGUACCCCUAAAGAGUUCCCUCCGGCUGGCCUCACUGAUCUCGGAUACGCGCAGAUCUACGGCGCGGGUGCGUUCUACAGAGCCCGUUACCUUGAGGACUCCUCCAGAAACAAAAUCUACGGCAUCAGUCAGAAUGUCGUCAAGCUCUCCCAGCUCACCGUCCAGGCUCCAGUAGACACAGUCCUCCAAAAUUCUGCCCAAGGAUGGCUCCAGGGUCUCUAUCCUCCCGUGGGGACCUCCGUCGCCACGCAGAUGCUCGCCAACGGCACCUCUGUCUCUGCCCCGAUGAACGGCUACCAGUUGAUUCCUGUGAACACCGUCUCCUCUGCGCGUAGCAGUAGCGCCAACCCUGAGGACACUACAUGGCUCCAGGGCUCUUCUGGCUGCAAUAAUGCUAUAACCAGUUCCAACAGCUACUUCAUCUCAGAUGACUACACCAGCACUCUCGCCUCCACAAAGGACUUCUACGCGUCCCUACUCCCAGUUGUGAAAACCACAUUUAGCAGUUCUGACGUAACUUAUAAAAACGCCUACGCGAUCUACGAUUAUAUUCACGUCUCCGAGAUCCACAACUCGACCAUCCCAUCUGGGGAUCUCUUGACUGAUAACGUCCUCCACCAACUCCAGACUCGCGCAAAUCAGCAUGAGUUUAACCUCGCCUACAACAGCAGCGAACCCGUUCGUGCUAUAGCUGGCUCUACGCUUGCGGCCGAGAUUGUCCAACAGCUCAACGCCACCAUCACUAGCAAGUCAGCGUCGAGCCUCGCUGUCCAGUUUGGUGCCUACAAUUCAUUCCUCUCCUUCUUCGGCCUCGCUCAGCUCCCCAGUGUGUCGGAUGACUUCACCGGCAUUGUUGACUAUGCCUCCGCUAUGGUAUUCGAGCUCGUGACAAGCGCCACCGUUACAGAGUCGUCGUACCCAUCCACAGACCAGAUCUCGGUUAGAUUCUUGUUCACCAACGGCUCGGCGGCGUACAAUCCGUUGACUGAGUACCCGCUCUUCGGCCAAUCGGCUACUUCUCUCCCGUGGAAUACGUUCGUCAGCAGCAUGAAUAAGUUUGCGAUCAGUGACAAAGCCUCUUGGUGCUCAGCUUGCGGUGAUACUACGGGUGCAUGUGCUGCCACCUCCACUUCGACUGACUCUUCCAACUCGUCCGCGGCUAGAUCUAACAGUGGAGGAAUUAGCAAGGCUACAGCGGGUGUCAUUGGCGCGAUGGUAACUCUAGCUGUUCUUCUAGGAUUGGCUACGCUGGUUUUAUUGUUUGGUGGUUUGCGAGUCGUCAGCAAGAAAAGACUCACCGGUGCACAUACAGAUCGUGAGGCUGUCUCCCCAGUUUCCAAGGGAUAAACCGCGAGACUAGGGUAGGUGAUGAUAUAGGGAGAAAUUGUUAUGUGUGAAUGAUGAACUUUGACAUUACCUGGCUGGAGGGGGUAGAUGCUUCAAAACUGUCAAUUACCUAGGCACCUAACAGAAUACUACUCGAGCAACUUGAAUAACUCAACGCCGG